AUGGCUGCACUAGUGCGGAACGACAGUCGCAUCAUCCUCCACUUGGACUAUGACUGUUUCUAUGCCUCAGUCUUUGAGGUUGAACAGCCCGCAUUGAAGUCGCUGCCUCUGGCAGUCCAGCAGAAGCACAUAAUUGUAACUUGCAAUUACGAAGCCCGGCGACGAGGCUUGCAUAAAUUGCAGCUCAUCAAAGAUGCCAAGCGCAUCUGUCCGGAUGUGGUAAUUGUCCUCGGUGAGGACCUGACAAAGUUUCGAAAUGCGUCCAAGGAGCUCUAUCUACUCGUGCGGUCCCUUGUCUGGGGCGGGCGUGUUGAGAAGCUUGGCUUCGACGAACUCUUUUUGGAUGUCACGGAGAUGAUUGACUACAAUAUCGGCGUGCUAAAUCAAAAUGAUUUGACAAGCUCAUUUCUUCAUCUUGAUAGAAAUGACCCGACCGUCGGCUUCACCUACGAUGCAACCUACUUCCAGGGUUCAACCUUCCCUGCCACAGAGGCAGCCCCUGUCUUCCCAAACCCGUCGUCGCUGGAGAUGAGAUUGCUUGUCGCCUCUCAUCUCCAAGGUCAUAUACGGAGCACAUUGGAGCAUCAGAUCGGAUUCACUGCCACUGGUGGAAUAUCGACGUCUAAACUGUUGGCAAAAUUGGUCGGCAAUGUUCACAAGCCCAACGGUCAAACAACUCUUCUGCCGCCAUAUAUAACCACCCCACAGAACAAAAGCAACGUGCUCGGGUUCUUAGAUGAUCAUGAGAUCCGCAAAAUCCCUGGAAUAGGAUCUCGAAUGGCCCAGAGACUCAAAGCUCAUGUCACGGAACAAGACAACUGCGACGUCAAGAUUACAGUCUAUGAUGUUCGCACAUUUGCAGGUAUGGGGCCACCUUUGCUUGAUAGAAUACUUGGCGGGCCAGGCUCAGUGAAGGGGAUUGGAAGCCGGAUAUGGAGCAUUCUCCAUGGAAUAGACAACUCCGAAGUGCUUGAAGGUAGAGAUCUGCCAACCCAAAUCAGCAUUGAGGAUUCCUAUGGCCGGUUGGAUACUCUUGAAAGUGUUCGACGCGAACUCGUUGUGUUGACACGGAGCUUGAUACGUCGGAUGAGGACCGAUCUACUUGACCUGAGUGACACCCCUCAAGGCAGAUGGCGUGCUCAUCCUCGUACUUUGAGACUAUCGACGCGACCAAGACCGCCUCCGGACUCGGAUGUUGGUCGUGCAUACAGUUCAAAUCGCAUUUCUCGCUCUGUGCCUCUGCCGCUCUUUAUAUUCAACUUAGAUGAAAAUCUCGAUGCACUGGCCGAGCGCCUGGUUCGGGACAGUGUUUUAUCCAUGUUCCGCAAACUGCAUCCAGAAAAGGCGGGCUGGAACCUUAGUCUGUUGAAUGUUGCGGUGACUAAUAUGGUGGAAAGCGCUGGGGAUCAGAAGCACAGCAGUGGUCGCGAUAUUGGGAAGAUGUUUCAACAGCAAGAAACUGUACUUAAGAGCUGGACAGUGCAGGAACCUGACUCCCCAUCCCCCGUUGAUGUAUCACCAUUUCACAAAGUGGAUUCUCCCGAUAUUGAGGUACAGUCAGAGGAUGACUGGGAUGAUGGUGACGACGAACCGUUACCGAGUAGUGUGGAAUGCCUUAUUUGUGGAGCUUCGAUUCCAUUGUUUGCACAAUUGGCACAUGAAAUAUAUCAUGCUGCCCCUGAGUGA